CCUUUGACGACGACGGCGACGACGACGUGUGUGUGAUCUUUCGCGCCGACAACUCCCACACACCCCCUUUCCAUCCAGCAAUCUCGUUAUCUGUUCGUUCGCAGGAAGUGCAGGUUUCUUCGACCAGAAUCAGCAAAAAUGGCCCGUCGUCCAGCGAGAUGUUAUCGCUACUGCAAGAACAAGCCAUACCCCAAGUCCCGGUUCAACCGUGGUGUGCCAGACCCCAAGAUCAAGAUCUUUGAUCUUGGUCGUAAGAAGGCCAACACCGAUGAUUUCCCUCUCUGCGUGCACAUGGUCUCCAAUGAAUACGAACAGCUCAGCUCCGAGGCUCUCGAAGCUGCCCGUAUCUGCGCCAACAAAUACCUCGUCAAGAUCUGCGGUAAGGAAGGUUUCCAUCUCCGCGUCCGCGCCCACCCCUUCCACGUCGUCCGCAUCAACAAGAUGUUGUCGUGCGCUGGUGCCGAUAGAUUGCAAACCGGUAUGCGCGGUGCUUUCGGCAAGCCCUACGGUGUCGUUGCCCGCGUGAACAUCGGCCAGAUCCUCCUCAGCGUUCGCACCCGUGACUCCAACCGCGCCGCUGCCAUCGAGGCCCUCCGUCGCUCCAUGUACAAGUUCCCCGGUCGCCAGAAGAUCAUUGUUAGCAAGAACUGGGGUUUCACUCCUCUCCGCCGCGAGGAAUACGUUCAGCUCCGCAAGGAGGGUAAGGUCAAGAUUGAUGGUGCUUAUGUGCAGUUCCUGAGAAACAAGGGCAAUAUCGAGGAGAACAUGAGACGGUUCCCUGAUGCUUAUGAGAAUUUAUCUCAGGCGUAAAGGUUCUCUUUUUUGUUUAAUGAAAGGAAAUUAUCAAUUGGGGACAGCGGAACCAGCUGAUUUGAUGGAUUGUUUUUUAUUCUGAGAUGAUAUCAGUGCGUUAUGGUGCCAUCAAUUCAAGUUCGGUUUUUGCAUCCUCAAAAAAAUAAUACGAAAUGAUUUUCCAGG